GUGUACUCCUCGUUGUGUGUCUGUGCCGUGUACCGGGAGUGCAGAAGCAGUCAAAACAUUAUGCUUGAUUUAAACAAAUGAAAAUUGCGUUUUCCAACAAUCACACAGCGCAAAAAAAAUAGCAGCCCAACAGGGAGCGAAGUACAUAAAAAGGAAGUAGUACUACUACUGCUACUGUUGCUGCUGCUGCUGCGUGGGGCAGUUCAUCUGCGUGGAGUGCCGUCCACCGGAUGGUCCGGGAAAGGUGGAUGGCAACUGGAUGGAUUACAGUGCAAUUAAUUGGAUUACUCGGCUGGUGUGUUUCUCCAUAAAGCAACAGUAAUGGAUUACAGUUGCGGUGUCACGGUCCGACACUGCUGCGUAUGGUUCGUGCGACCACCGGUCCCUGUGUUGUGCUGCGCGGUAUUUGCGUGGGUUCGCGAAAAAUCUCUUUCAUCUACGGAUUCUGCCAGCUCGUGAGGGCCGUUCGCGAUUGUUCUACUGCUGGGGUGCUGGUGUGGGAACUCCCUUCAUCGCGCCACCGAACCGCGAGCCUGCAAACCGUUUAAAGCAAGUGCGCAUAAUAGUGACCAAAAACCAACCACCGACACCCAAAGUGAUCCGAGGUUAAUUGGGCAACACCGUCGCUGGAGCUAUUGGAUAUUUAACUCCCCCUCUUUCCCUCUUUUGCCUGUGCAUCGUCGUGUUGUGUUGUGUCGUGUGCGUGUGUGAGAGAGAGUAUACGGUACGUAGGACAAUAACAGGGAAGAACAUCGAAGGGAAGCAGCAGCACUCCGGACGGUCGGUCGGCCCGGACGGUCAGCCGAGGUUUUCGGUGCGAGAAACCAAUUAGAAAAUUUGCAUUUGGCCUUUCCGUCGCCAUCGUCGUCGUGGUCGUCGUCGUCGUCGUCAUCAUCGCACCGAACUGACCCCGGGUUCCCUCUUCCCCUUCCUUGAAGUGUAAUCGAAUGAGCGAAGGAUACGUGGAAUCGGAUUGCUGUGGCCCGGUCAGCAGCAUGGCAGCUGAAGUUGCACACCGUUGGAGUUCCAUCGCACAGUAGGGCCCGGUCCCGGCCGCCUGCUGUUGGAAGGUCAAGCGAAUCUGCCCCCCCCCCCUCAGGCAACACAACCCCGGGGCGAGGGAGUGAAGCGCAUCCGCACGGAAACGAACGAAGGCGAGAAGAAGUCAGCCUGAGAAGUGAGCACAGCCCAAAAUGCACGUAGCAAAUGUUCUGCGAGCUUCGUGUAUCUUUUGGGUUUCUGUUAGCUCGAACAUAAUGAUGACCACGACCACGACCGAGGAGUCGGCCGCCUACCAGCCAUACUUCGACUUUGACGUGCCCCGUAACCUCACAGUCAGCGUCGGGCAUACCGGAUUUUUCUUGUGCAAAGUUGAGCGGCUCGGUGACAAGGAGGUGGCGUGGAUAAGGAAACGGGAUCUACAUAUACUCACGAUGGGAGCAUCAACGUACACGUCGGACCAACGAUUUCAGGUCCUACGGUCCGAAGGCUCCGUCAACUGGACGCUACAGAUCAAGUACCCACAGGUGCGUGAUUCGGGCGUGUAUGAGUGUCAAAUCAACACCGAACCAAAGAUGUCCCUUUCGUACGUGCUAAACGUUAUCGAGCUGCGGGCGCGAGUGCUGGGACCGUCGGACAUAUUUAUCAAAUCGGGCAGCGAGAUUACACUGGUUUGUGUCAUACAGCAAGGACCGCACGAGCUCGGCACCGUCUUCUGGUACAAGGGAAACACGCUCGUCGAGCCAUCCACGCAGGAAAACGACAUUCUUACGGGUGAAAACAGACGAAUUUCCAUCGAAACAGAUUGGACAGAUGUGCUGACGUCCAGACUGAGGAUAAAGCGUGCGAUCCAGAGUGAUACCGGGAACUAUACCUGCGUACCGACAAUGGCCAAAUCUGCAAGCGUGUAUGCUCAUGUAAUUAGUGGAGAGCACCCGGCGGCGAUGCAACACAAUUCGGCAGCAUCGGUCCCGCGGCCACUGCUGGUGCUGGUGCACACCUUAUACUUCCUUUUAUCGUUUCUCGUGCUAAUGCAAGCACAUCUGCGGAGCAGUAGCGGGCGGAAGGAGGCAGCGACGGCGCCGCACAGGCCCCACACUGGCCGGGCAGCUAUCAGCCAACGGAUGGAGGCAGCGAAGGACGAUGCCCCUUCCAGCUGCCGAUGCUUCGGGCCGCGUUUGGAUGGUUCAUCUGAGGUGUCGAUCGUUUUUUGCUGCAGUACCCACACCUUUCACGCUUAUCCAAGCUAACAUGAAGCCGAUGGCCGGCGGCAUAGAAACGCCACCCGGACACCACCACCACCCCCGGUAGUACGGUCGGUGUUCGGUCGCUAGGCGUAGUAGUUCGAGUUUCCGAGGAUUCUCGUUCUUCAUUUGUUCACGACAACAGCAGCGCCAUUUCAUCCACCUUAUCAUCCUCACCUUAAUCUUUUUCAAGCCACUACCUACUACUACUACCACUACUAGUACCAUUACGGUGACUACUACUACUACUACUUCUAGGGCUACUAUCGCUGUUCCCUCUGUCCAGAGGAUAGGCGGAGCGGAACGAUAGAAGCUACUGUACAGGUUAGAUGAAGCGUAGAGUGAAUAGAGAGGGACCGAAGAGGAUACGUUAAAAAAAAUCACACACACCCACACGGACACACACCGUUCACAUUCUUAGUGAGAGUUUAGAGCCUCAUCAUUCCCCAUUCCUUAGAACCGAAGCACACAUACACACUCACAAACAGUCCGGUAACAACAACACUUUUCUGCGCCGUUCCCGUCUCCCCCGGGGGGGGAGGAGGCGAUGAAACGUUGGAACCAUUCAGCCCAAGACUGGCACGGCGCACCUGAAUAGGAAUCACAACGCAAAACGAUGAUGCAAAGUCUUUCGCACCGAUGGUUGCGCCGGCGGGGCCCAGAGAUCGACUUAUAUCCAAAAUGGAAGGAGAACCAGGAAACAAAAACGAAGGGUGGAGAUGUAGAGGUAGAGAGCACGAGGGGGGGUAGUAGAUAUGGUAUGAUUUCUUUUCUACUCUACACCACAUCAAUAGAGGCGGACGGACGCAUUCUGGGUGCAGAACGACGUUCGACGUCGAGCAUAGCAUAAGUGGCGUGGCAGGAAGAGGAGGGUAGAAGGGACAGGGGAUGAGAUUACACUCCUCAAUAGUGACACCCUUCUUCCGAUGCAGUAGAAUGCAUCACAAUUGCGAGAAAGGGGUAGAAGAAUUGGCUCAAAAGCACAGAUGUUUGAUUGUUUAACAAAAAAAAAAAAAACCCACACCCACACACAAAGGUAUGUGACGUCGUGUCCCGAGGACAGCGCGGAAGCGGG